AUGUGGAGCAGAUGGCUAUUGACUGGCUGACAGGAAACUUCUACUUUGUGGAUGACGUGGACGACCGGAUCUUUGUGUGUGACAAGGACGGACAGACGUGUGUCACCCUGCUGGACCAGGAGCUGUACAACCCCAAGGGCAUCGCCCUGGACCCCACUAUGGGGUGAGGACACGCACAGUCACACACACACACAGUCACACUCCAAACGCGCGCACACACACACACAUUUGCAUAGGCUGCAUACACACACGCACGCCCACAGACUGCGUAUGGCUCCGUGUUUUGUCUUUUAAGUUAUGUCUUAUAUCAAUCCAUCACCACACAUGAAGUUCCCUCCAAGGAAAUAAAGGUUAUUUGAAUUGAAUAGAUUUACACACCUGCAAAAUCAUAUUAGCAUUUUACAUAUGCACACAUUCACACUUACAAACAAACACUCUUCAAUGCCCCCAUUUGUUGGUCAAGGUUGGAUGUGCAUGUCCUUGCAUGUACCAAGUGAGUCAGGGAUAUUCACACUGCAGUCUGUCUGUCCUCCCUCCUUUAUCCCAUGGGAACAGACCAAUGUCCCACAGCACGUGUGCUUUAACACGGCAUAACAGUCCCAUGAGAGGCCCAAUAUUUGGGCCACAGUAGUCUGUCAUUGUUACACAACCCAAAACAAUGGGCUGGGGGUGGGUUGAGGGUCGGAGGGUUCCAGUUUUCCCAAACACUUGGAAGUGAUUGGUCCGUGGGCUGCUGACUGCAAGUUUGGGGGAGCAGUAAUUUAGUGCAGAUGUUUCAUUUGUGUUGUUCAGCCCUGAGCCCCUGAGCGCUCCCAAAUCCUGCCUUUUCACUGUUUUUCUAUAGUCAUGUUUUUAUUUCAGCCCUGCCGUUAAUGACGGGUCUCGAAACUCAAUUCCAAAAGGGGUUGUGUGUGUGUGUGUGUGUGCUCUCCAUGUGUAUACGUGUCUCUGUUUGUGUGCGUGCGUUCAUGUGCAAGUAUUUGUUUUUCAUUCCAACCAAUUUCCAGUGCUAUAAUUGACUGUGCAGUAAUAUACUCUGGUACAUUUAUUUCCCCUGCCUGAUGUUGUCCAGCUACUAUAAUGUUUUUGGCUGUAGUUUAGAGAUUAUAUACAGUGGGGAAAAAAAGUAUUUAGUCAGCCACCAAUUGUGCAAGUUCUCCCACUUAAAAAGAUGAGAGAGGCCUGUAAUUUUCAUCAUAGGUACACGUCAACUAUGACAGACAAAAUGAGAAAAAAAAAUCCAGAAAAUCACAUUGUAGGAUUUUUUAUGAAUUUAUUUGCAAAUUAUGGUGGAAAAUAAGUAUUUGGUCAAUAAAAAAAGUUUCUCAAUACUUUGUUAUAUACCCUUUGUUGGCAAUGACACAGGUCAAACGUUUUCUGUAAGUCUUCACAAGGUUUUCACACACUGUUGCUGGUAUUUUGGCCCAUUCCUCCAUGCAGAUCUCCUCUAGAGCAGUGAUGUUUUGGGGCUGUCGCUGGGCAACAUGGACUUUCAACUCCCUCCAAAGAUUUUCUAUGGGGUUGAGAUCUGGAGACUGGCUAGGCCACUCCAGGACCUUGAAAUGCUUCUUACGAAGCCACUCCUUCGUUGCCCGGGCGGUGUGUUUGGGAUCAUUGUCAUGCUGAAAGACCCAGCCACGAUUCAUCUUCAAUGCCCUUGCUGAUGGAAGGAGGUUUUCACACAAAAUCUCACGAUACAUGGCCCCAUUCAUUCUUUCCUUUACACGGAUCAGUCGUCCUGGUCCCUUUGCAGAAAAACAGCCCCAAAGCAUGAUGUUUCCACCCCCAUGCUUCACAGUAGGUAUGGUGUUCUUUGGAUGCAACUCAGCAUUCUUUGUCCUCCAAACAUGACGAGUUGAGUUUUUACCAAAAAGUUAUAUUUUGAUUUCAUCUGACCAAAUGACAUUCUUCCAAUCCUCUUCUGGAUCAUCCAAAUGCACUCUAGCAAACUUCAGACGGGCCUGGACAUGUACUGGCUUAAGCAGGGGGACACGUCUGGCACUGCAGGAUUUGAGUCCCUGGCGGCGUAGUGUGUUACUGAUGGUAGGCUUUGUUACUUUGGUCCCAGCUCUCUGCAGGUCAUUCACUAGGUCCCCCCGUGUGGUUCUGGGAUUUUUGCUCACCGUUCUUGUGAUCAUUUUGACCCCACGGGGUGAGAUCUUGCGUGGACCCCCAGAUCGAGGGAGAUUAUCAGUGGUCUUGUAUGUCUUCCAUUUCCUAAUAAUUGCUCCCACAGUUGAUUUCUUCAAACCAAGCUUCUUACCUAUUGCAGAUUCAGUCUUCCCAGCCUGGUGCAGGUCUACAAUUUUGUUUCUGGUGUCCUUUGACAGCUCUUUGGUCUUGGCCAUAGUGGAGUUUGGAGUGUGACUGUUUGAGGUUGUGGACAGGUGUCUUUUAUACUGAUAACAAGUUCAAACAGGUACCAUUAAUACAGGUAACGAGUGGAGGACAGAGGAGCCUCUUAAAGAAGAAGUUACAGGUCUGUGAGAGCCAGAAAUCUUGCUUGUUUGUAGGUGACCAAAUACUUAUUUUCCACCAUAAUUUGCAAAUAAAUUCAUAAAAAAUCCUACAAUGUGAUUUUCUGGAAUUUUGUUUCUCAAUUUGUCUGUCAUAGUUGACGUGUACCUAUGAUGAAAAUUACAGGCCUUUCUCGUCUUUUUAAGUGGGAGAACUUGCACAAUUGGUGGCUGACUAAAUACUUUUUUCCCCCACUGUAAUAUUAGUACGCUGAUAUAUAUUUUUGUCAUGUACACUGUGUUUUUGUAAAUUAGCGAAAACAACAAACCUAGGAAUUGCUUUGUAUUACACUGUUUGUUUGAUUCUCUUUUUCGAGAGCAUGUCCAAGACAGUUAGAUAGUUUCCUCCUGUUUAGGAAACCCAGUGAGAGGCACGGUAAACAAGCUUUAAGGAACAAGCCACAAUAGAACAUAAAAUGUUCUGGUUAGGCCCAGGAGGUGUUCCUUUGACCUUGUGACCUGACCAGGACAAACUGUUACCACAUUCAGAUAUUCCUCCAUAUAAAACCUAAUGAAGGUAAUAAGGGGUAUUCAACUACAGAGCCAAGAUGUUAUAACAACAGAGUUUUCCCUACAUUUUUCUAAAUAGGAAUUUAUCAAUUCACCUGUCAAUCAAUCAAUCAAUCACUCUGUCAAAAAGCUGUCUCUCCUCUCCCGCAACUCUUCCCUAGGUUGUUGCUGUAAAUGACAACAUACUCAUGCUCAGUUAACUUACCUGCUAAAAUAAGUUUGGAAUAAAACAGAAUCACUCACUCUUGUCUAUAAUCAUCUCCCUCCCCUCGUCUUCUCCCACAGUAAGGUGUUCUUCACAGACUACGGUCAGAUCCCCAAGGUGGAGCGUUGUGACAUGGAUGGUCAGAACCGGACUAAGCUGGUGGACAGUAAGAUUGUGUUCCCCCACGGUAUCACCCUGGACCUGGUCAGCAGGCUGGUCUACUGGGCCGACGCCUACCUGGACUACAUAGAGGUGGUGGACUACGAAGGCAAGAACAGACACACCAUCAUACAGGGGCUGCUGGUGAGGACACACACACACACACACACACAUACAUACAUACAUACAUACAUACAUACAUUACAUUUUACAUUUUAGUCAUUUAGCAGAUGCUCUUAUCCAGAGCGAGUUACAGGAGCAAUUAGGGUUAAGUGCCUUGCUCAAGGGCACAUCGACAGAUUUUUCACCUAGUCUGCUCGGGUAUUAGAACCAGCGACCUUUCGGUUACUGGCACAACGCUCUUAACCACUAAGCUACCUGCCAUACAUACACACACACACACACACACGGACACACACGGACGGACACACAGACACACGGACGGACACACAGACACACGGACGGACACACAGACACACGGACAGACACACACACGGACGGACACACAGACACACGGACGAACACACAGACAGACGGACGAACACACAGACACACGGACGAACACACAGACAGACGGACGAACACACAGACAGACGGACGAACACACAGACAGACGGACGAACACACAGACAGACACAACAACAACAGAACGACGACACACACAGACAGACGGACGAACACACAACAACGGACGAACACAGCACAGACAAGACGGACGAACACACAGACAGACGACGACACACACAGACGCGACCACACGACACAGAAACCACAUACAGACGGACAACAACAGACACAGACACACAGACAGACGACGACGAACACACAAAGAACGAACACACAGCACACACGGAACGAACACACCACGGACGAACAGACAGACAGGAACACACACGACGAGCAACGCACGACGGACGACAGACGGACGACGACACACUACGACACAGACGGGAACAGACGGACGAACAGACGGACAGACGAACGAACACACACACACAGACAGACAGACGAACAGACGAGAACACAGCGCCACACGACAGGACCACACUACACGAACACACAGACAUGAACCACAACACACGAACACACGAACACACAGACAGACGAACACACGAACACACGAACACACAGACAGACGAACACACGAACACACAGACAGACGAACACACAACAGACACAACAACGAACACACACAACAACGAACACACACAGACAACAGACACACAACACACGAACACACAGACAGACGAACACACAGACAGACGAACACACAACAGACACAACACAGACACACACACAACAGACACACGACACACACACAGACAAACGAACACACAACAACGAACACACAGACAACGAACGACACACAACACGACAACGAACACACAACACACAGAACACGAACACACACAACAACAACACAACGAACAACACCGAACACACACAACGACAACAACAACGAACACGACCACAGAACACGAAACAACACACAACGAAAACACAACACAACAACAACAACCACGAACACACGAACACACAACACAACAACAACACCUAAACACACAACCAAGACCACACAAAGAACACACAACACAACUAACACAACACACGACAACGACAAAACACACAACCACAGACGAACACGACAACAGAAACACACAACACCAACAACGAACACAACAUAACAACGAAACACACGAACACACAGACAGACGAACACACGAACACACAGACAGACGAACACACACACACACGACACACACAACUAACACAACCGAACCAACACAACGAACACACAAGACAGACAACACACGAACACACACAACAGACAACGACAACACACGAACACCACAACAACACACAACCAACACACAACACACGAACACACACAACACAAACAAACACCACAAACACACAACACACAGACAACACACACGACACAAACACAGACACCAACAACGACACACAACACGAACACACCAUAACACACGAACACACAACAACGAACACACAACAACACACGAACACCACAAACAAACACACGACACAGAACCACACACACAGAACACACACACAAAACCGACACAGACGACAACACACACACACACACACAGACAGACAACGAACACACAAACAACAAACACAACAGACAACCACACACAACACCAACGAACACACAGACACGAACAACACACACAGAACAGACGAACACACAGACAGACGAACACACAACACAGACACACACACACAAACAACAACACGAACACACACAACCAAGACAAACACACAACAGACAGACAACACACAGAACAACACGAAACAACACAACAGACAAACCACACACACAACCACACACGAACACACAACGAACACACAAACAAUACAGAAACACAAACGAACAACAACAGUAACACACAACACACAGACAACACAAAACACACAACAACGACACAAACCACGCAACACACAGACAACUAACACACAACCAAGCAAACAGACAAACAAAAACACAUAACAAACACCACAACCCACAGACUAACACACAACAACGAACACAAAACGAACACACGAACCAACAACACACACACAACUACACAAACACACACGAACACAACAACCAACACACACACAACAGACAACACACACAAACGACAACCACAAACGAACACACACGAAACCAACAACAACAACACAACAUACAACACACUACAACACAGACAACACACAUGACACAAAACACACAGAAAACACAAACACAAAACACACAUACACACAACACAGACAACUAACACACACGAACAACACACACAACUAACACGCAACAACUAACAACGAACCAUACAAUAACACAAGACACAAACACACACAACACAACAACUAACACACUAACACACAAAACGAACACAAACACAACAACAACACAAACAACAACAACAACACAAAUAACAACUAAACGACACAUACAACACACACAGACUAACACACAGACGACAACCAAACACAACAGACCAACAACACACAAAUACUAACACACAACAACAGACAUAACACACAACAAACAUAACAUACACACACACACAACAACACACAACAAACACACAGACACGAACACACAACACACAGACACAACACACAACAACAACACACAACACAACAACACAGCAACAUACAACCAACAACUAAACAGCACACCACACACAACAACCCACACACACACAACACACUAAACACACUAACACACGAACACACAACCACACAACGACGAACACAACACACUAACACACAGACCAACACACCACUAAAACACCACACAGACAACACACAACAACACACACAGACAGACACACACACAACAACUAGACAACCACAGACACACACAAACAACAAACAACAAAGAACAACACAAACGAAAACCCAACAACACAGACAUACAACACACAAACACACCACAACAACAACAACAAAAACAACACACAACAACACACAUAACACACAACACACAAACGACACUAAGACUAACACAACGAUAACACACAUCAACAUACAACGAACACAACAACAACAACACCACAGACACAAUAACACACAGACAAAACAACACAACAACAAGACCACAUACGACGAACAACAUAAACAACAAACAAUCAAACAACAAAAACAGACACCUACACCCCACACACGACUAACACUCCAGAACCAAGACACACAAGCUAGACACUAAAGAACAGCACAACCCACACAUACACACCAGACUAACCUCACACCAACCUACAAACAAGGACAAGGACCAAAACAACAUAACAAACUAGAAAUACACAAGCAGACACACACAAAAACAAACAAAAAAACAACCACAAAAAAAGCAAAACCAGAAACAAAACAACCUCACACCACACCGACCAACAGAACACGAGAAGACAAACAAUAAACCAAAGAGACCAUCGAACCACCCACAGCAACGUCUACCUCUAGACCACACUAGCGGAAUCAAACUAAACAAGAAGAACAUAACACACAAACACAAAGUAUAGUCAAAAUGACAUACAGCCCUACAGAACGCCCAGCGAACGUAAAACCCACACAGACAAGAACACACACACACACAAGAACAGACACACUAUCAUUCAGGGCCUGCUGUUGAGCUCAUCAACCCUUGACUGUCUGGAAGCUAGCACACUUCUUCAGGGUUCUGGAAGGGAGCAAUUAAGAGGGUUUAACAUUUUGGAAUGUUGCAGAUUGUUAAUGUUGUGUAGAGCAGAUGGACAUCUCCAUGUAGAGUAAAGUAAAAUCAAAUCAAAUACAACAGGUGUAGACCUUACAGUGAAAUGCUUACUUACAAGCCCUUAACCAACAAUGCAGUUUUAAGAAAGAAUACCAAAAAAAAUCACACAAAAAAAUAAAAAAUAAAAUAAUACAAAAUAAAAGUAACAAAUAAUUAAAGAGCAGCAGUAAAAAUAACAAUAGCGAGGCUAUAUACAGGGGGUACCGGUACCGAGUCAAUGUGCGGGGAUACCGGUUAGUCAAGGUAAUAUGUACAUUUAGGUAGAGUUAUUCAAGUGAAUAUGCAUAGAUAAUAAACAGAGAGUAGGGGGCAAUGCAAAUAGUCUGGGUAGCCAUUUGAUUAGAUGUUCAGGAGUAAUAAUAAUAAUAAUAAUAAUAAUAAUAUGCCAUUUAGCAGACGCUUUUAUCCAAAGCGACUUACAGUCAUGCGUGCAUACAUUUUUGUGUAUGGGUGGUCCCGGGGAUCGAACCCACUACCUUGGCGUUACAAGCGCCGUGCUCUACCAGCUGAGCUACAGAGGACCAGGAGUCUUAUGGCUUGGGGGUAGAAGCUGUUUAGAAGCCUCUUGGACCUAGACUUGGCGCUCCGGUACCGCUUGCUGUGCGGUACCAGAGAGAACAGUCUAUGACUAGGGUGGCUGGAGUCUUUGACAAUUUAUAGGGCCUUCCUCUGACACCGCCUGGUAUAGAGGUCCUGGAUGGCAGGAAGCUUGGCCCCCGUGAUGUACUGGGCCAUACGCACUACCCUCUGUAGUGCCUUGCGGUCGGAGGCCGAGCAGUUACCAUAACAGGCAGUGACGCAAACAAUCAGGAUGCUCUUGAUGGUGCAGCUGUAGGACUUUUUGAGGAUCUGAGGACCCAUGCCAAAUCUUUUCAGUCCUGGUAAUCCGUCUGUUGUUGUGAAUGUUGACCUGUUUAAAGGUCUUACUCACAUCGGCUACAGCGAGCGUGAUCACACAGUCGUCCGGAACAGCUGAUGCUCUCAUGCAUGUUUCAGUGUUGCUUGCCUCGAAGCGAGCAUAGAAGGAAUUUAGCUCGUCUGGUAGGCUCGUGUCACUGGGCAGCUCGCGGCUGUGCUUCCCUUUGUAGUCUGUAAUAGUUUGCAAGCCCUGCCACAUCCGACGAGCAUCGGAGCCGGUAUAGUACGAUUCGAUCUUAGUCCUGUAUUGACGCUUUGCCUGUUUGAUGGUUCGUCGGAGGGCAUAGCGGAAUUUCUUAUAAACGUCCAGGUUGGAGUCCCGCUCCUUGAAAGCGGCAGCUCUACCCUUUAGCUCAGUGCGGAUGUUGCCUGUAAUCCAUGGCUUCUGGUUGGGGUAUGUAUGUACAGUCACUGUGGGGACGACGUCAUAUGCACUUAUUGAUGAAGCCAGUGAUUGAUGUGGUGUACUCCUCAAUGCCAUCGGAAGAAUCCCAGAACAUAUUCCAGUCUGUGCUAUGAAAAACAGUCCUGUAGCUUAGCAUCUGCUUCAUUUGACCACUUUUUUUAUUGACAGAGUCACUGGUGCUUCCUGCUUUAGUCUUUUGCUUGUAAGCAGGAAUCAGGAGGAUAUAAUUAUGGUCAUAUUUGCCAAAUGGAGGGAGAGUUUUGUACGCAUCUCUAUGUGUGGAGUAAAGGUGGUCUAGAGUUUUUUCCCCCUCCGGUUGCACAUUUAACAUGCUGAUAGAAAUGAGGCAAAACGGAUGUACAUUUCCCUGCAUUAAAGUCCCCAGCAACUAGGAGCGCCGCCUCUGGAUGAGCGUUUUCCUGUUUGCUUAUGGCCGUAUACAGUUAAUUGAGUGCAGUCUUAGUGCCAGCAUCGGUUUGUGGUGGUAAAUAGACAGCUACGAAGAAUAUAGAUUAAAACUCUCUUGGAGGUCCUCUGUAGCUCAAUUGGUAGAGCAUGGCGCUUGUAACGCCAGGGUAGUGGGUUCGAUCCCCGGUACCACCCAUACGUAAAAAUGUAUGCACACAUGACUGUAAGUCGCUUUGGAUAAAAGCGUCGGCGAAAUGGCAUAUUAUAGAUAGUGUGGUCUACAGCUUAUCAUGAGAUACUCUACUUCAGGCGCGCAAAACCUUGAGACUUCCUAAGAUAUCGUGCACCAGCUGUUGUUUACAAAUAUACAUAGACCGCCACCCCUUGUCUUACCAGAGGCUGCUGUUCUAUCCUGCCGAUACAGUGUAUAACCCGCCAGCUGUAUGUUAUUCAUGUCUUCGUUCAGCCACGACUCGGUGAAACAUAAGAUAUUCUAGUUUUGAAUGUCCCGUUGGUAGGAUAUACGUGCCUGUAGUUCGUCCACUUUAUUAUCCAGUGACUGUAAGUUGGCCAAUAGUAUCAAUGGCAAAGGCAGAUUAGCCACUCAUCGCCGGCUCCUUAUCAGUCACCCCGAUCUCCUUUUCUUUCUACUGCGAAUGACGGGGAUGAGGGCCCUGUCGGUUGUCUGGAGCAAAUCACUCUCACCGGACUCAUUAAGGAGCUGUAAACUUUACAUUCAUAGUUAUCCAAACAGUUCAAUCUUAAAUGCAAGGUAAAUACUUGGAACUAAAUGCCCCCCUUUUUGUCUGUAAACCUAUGUAGAGAUUCCUGUGUUUUCUCUCCUGUGAGGAUCCUUUCUCCCCUGCUGUUGUAGUAGUUUGUAGACCAGUGAGCUAUGGCCAGAGAGCAGGGGGUGGACAGUAGCCUUUUCAUUAGAGUGCUGAUUAAUAGGAGUUUAGGCUGAGCUCUGGUCAGUGUAGUGGCUGGCAUGGCCAAGCGCCUUUUAAACCUGUUAGCAGGGCUUUUAGCGCUAGCUGUCUCUGUCUGCAUAAGUAAUAGCCUUCAUUUACUCACUGGGCCUGGGGGCAUAGACAUGUACACACACACACACAAAGCCCCUUCAUUUGUCUAUGGGGGUCUGUGUGUCUGUGUGUGUGUGUGUGCCAGAUAGCCAUCAGUAGCAGUUUAAAGUCCAUGGAUGGUUAUUGAUGGUGAGGGUAUGGGCUGUAUUGCAGAGAGUAUGAGUGUUUAUCCCUGCCCUGCCUGAUCACUGAUAGGCCGCCUACGUCUAUGUGACGUUAGUGCUGUUUACUGGGACAUUAAGCCUGGCUUUCUUCUCACAGAUGAAUGUGUGUUUGUUUAGGCCUGUUAGAGUGCAUUAAGUAAAAUGGAGCCCUGUGUCAUGCAAAAGGUCAUGUUUAGAUUUCUGAAGCGGCUUUGUGGUUGGGUUCAUCAUACUGAGUGAAUGGGAAUGUUGCAUUGAUUGUGAUUUUAUUUCGGGUUUUGCGUCACUCAUUCUCCUCCCUCUUUUUCUCUUCUCUUCCCUCCCUUAUUCUCUCUCUCUCUCUCUCUCUCUCUCUCUCUCUCUCUCUCUCUCUCUCUCUCUCUCUGUCUCUCUCUCUCUGUGUGUGUGUGUCAGAUUGAGCACCUGUAUGGUCUGACAGUGUUUGAGAACUACCUGUAUGCCACUAAUUCGGACAACGCCAACAUGCAGCCGAAGACCAGUGUGAUCAGAGUGAACCGCUUCAACAGCUCUGACUACCAGGUGGUGACCCGCGUCGACAAGGGAGGAGCCCUGCACGUCUACCACCAGAGACGCCAGCCCCCAGGUAACUGUUGUAAUAGGUUUCUGUAUUUUAUGCUGGGCAUUUUGUCAAAUCAGUUCUAUAUUGAACCCACAGACAUAGUGGUAUAGUUGAAAUUCAGUUGAAUACUAAGACAUGUCCUCCUCUCCUAUCGUCCAGUGCGUAGCCAUGCGUGUGAGCCAGACCAGUUUGGGAAGGCAGGAGGCUGCUCUGAUAUUUGUCUGCUGGGGAACAGCCAUAAGACCCGCACCUGCCGCUGUCGCUCCGGCUUCAGCCUGGGGAGUGACGGAAAGUCCUGCAAGAGUAAGUACCACACAGCCAAUCUCCUCUCAGAUACUCCACAGCACAGCCAAUCUCCUCUCAGAUACUCCACUGCACAGCCAAUCUCCUCUCAGAUACUCCACAGCACAGCCAAUCUCCUCUCAGAUACUCCACAGCACAGCCAAUCUCCUCUCAGCUACUCCACAGCACAGCCAAUCUCCUCUCAGAUACUCCACAGCACAGCCAAUUAUCUGUUAGGCACUUUUACAACCCAAGCCAAUCCGCUUUAAGAUGCUUAAUUAUAUCUGCUCUGAGAUACAACAACACAGCCAACCCAUUCCUACAUACUAUAGUCUACAGCACAGCCAAUGCGCUUCCAGAUACUUUCAAAAGUUGAUAUCACAGCCAAUCCACUUUCAGCUCCUCCAAUCAGCUCCUUCACAACUCUAGCUAUCCACUCCUCCUCUGUGGCGGUCUCUUUGGGCAGCUUAAUCUCCUCAUGUCUGAGCAGUAGAAAUCCUCUGACUCACCUGACAUUGACAGCCAACCUCCCUAAUCAAUGUCUACAUGCCUGAAGCCCCACUGUAACUUUAAACCAGAGGCAGAGAUUGAUUCUGUUAUUGAACCUGUGCCAAGGUCAGUGAAGGUUGAAUCAGGAAAACUGCAUGCCCCUAAACUAAGGUCUGGGACACCCCUAAUGAGCAUGUAUUAACCAGGCUCUUCUCGAAUUGACUACUUUUGUCUGCUGCGUAACGUAAAUUACAACCCCAUCCCUGAUUGAUUCACUUUGCCUGCGAGGUGUGUAUUAAUAUUCUAUGAGGAUAUGAAAGCAAGCACGUAUUGAUCUGUUUCUAGACUAUAACCCUAGGUGCCCUUGAUAACCACACCACGGUAGAUUGAUUCAACAAAAGCCUAUCCCGUCCACUAUGCCAUACGGAACACCCACUUAUCAAUUUGACAAGUCGUCAAAAUGUUAAUUUUAAUGAUUGAAAAUCACUUACAUUCUCAUUAGGUUUAUGGGAUUAUGCUGCUCUUGCACAGUUUUUGUCUGUUUAAUCAAUGCACAUUUUAUGGGGCAGUGUUAUUUACUUACGUGUCAGCAUUUCAAUUGGUAAUUAUUUUCGGAGAAGAAAUUGGUCGCAAGAUUUAAGAAAGCCGGGAAUAUUGGAAGGGAUUGGAAUCCUGUGGAUCUUAUUAAACAACAAAGGCCUCACCAAUGCUCUCCUCCUCCUGGUCCCAUGUUGUCUGUCUGUCAUAGCAUUGUAGUGUGAUUUUGUAAUCUUUUUUAGAAGCUACCUCUCAUGAGGUUGGCCAGACUCGUUAGAGAGAAGCUGACAAGAUGAUAUGCAUUUAUAAUAAGUUUACAGUCAAAAGCCCCUAUUCAUAAAGCAUGUCAAAGUGCUGAUCUAAGAUCAGUUUUUGUCUUUUAGAUCAUAAUGAAUAAGAUUACAUGGACAGGGGGAGGGAGGAUCCUAGAUCAGCAUUCUUACUCUGAGAUGAUUUAUGAAUACAGGCCCAGUAAGUCCUCUUUCUCUCCCAUGCUGUUCCUCAGAGCCGGAGCAUGAGCUGUUUCUGGUGUACGGUAAAGGUCGCCCAGGGGUCAUCAGAGGGAUGGACAUGAAUGCUAAGGUCCCAGACGAGUACAUGAUCCCUAUAGAGAACCUGAUGAACCCCAGAGCCCUUGACUUCCACUCAGAGAGUGACUUCAUAUAUUUUGCCGACGCCACCAGCUACCUCAUCGGCCGCCAGAAGAUCGACGGUACAGAAAGGGACACCAUUCUGAAGGAAGGUACGGUAACUGCACUCCAUGUUGGCCAUUUUCGGGAAUCAUUACUGUAAUAGGGAGUAGCCAUUUAGGCUCCAAAACAAUGCUAGCACCUUGUCAGGUGCUGUUGUGAGGGUAGAUGUGGUCAUUUUAGCUCAGUUUGUCCAGUUUUGUUGUGUAUAAUAGGGCGACUGGCCUCUCACCACCAGUUCCUCUGUGUUCCAGGGAUCCACACAGUAGAGGGUAUAGCGGUGGACUGGAUGGCUGAUAACCUGUACUGGACGGACGAUGGGCCCAAGAAGACCAUCAGUGUGGCCAGGCUGGAGAAGGCCUCCCAGACUCGCAAGACUCUCAUCGACGGCAAGAUGACCCACCCCCGCGCCAUCGUAGUGGACCCCCUACAUGGGUAAGAGACUGAGAGAGGGAGGGAUGGUGGGAGAGAGAUGAAAGGAAGAUAAGGGUUUCAGAUUGGUCUUUAGACUGUUAAGAAGCAACUUUAAAGUUUGGUGUGGGUUGGAUGUGUGGGAGAGGUUAGGUAAAAGUUGUUUUGUGUGAGGCGGUAGAUUUUAAUGUGAUUCAGAAUGUGUUUGUGUGUGGUGGGAGUAUUCAAUUCGCUUCUUAAUAGAUUAUUUUGAUAUUCUAAUGAGCCUCUCCCAUGUGUGUGUGAUGUGGCUGGGAGAUGAUUGGAAAGUUGACCCUGGGGGGUGUGGGUUAGUGUGUGUGUGUGUGUGUGUGUGUUGGUGUUUAGAGUACGUGCAUACAAAAUGUACAUGCACAUGUGUACAAGUGUGUGGGUCAGAAAAGAGCAGAUGGUCAUCUGUCGAUAAUAGCCUCCUGUCACUGAGCCCCCACUGUCCCCUCAUGGCCCUUCAAAACAAUUCUACCCCUCUCAACCCUCUCGUGUGUGCACACAUAAUAUAAUUAAGCAAUAAGGCAUAUACCACAAACCCCCGAGGUGCCUUAUUGCUAUUAUAAACUGGUUACCAAUGUAAUUAGACCGGUAAAUAUUUUGUUUUUGUCAUACCCGUGGUAUAUGGUCUGAACAAAUCACAUUUUAUUUUUCACAUGGCCGAAUACAACAGGUGUAGACCUUACAGUUAAAUGCUUACUUACAAGCCCUUAACCAACAAUGCAGUUUUAAAGAAAAAUAAAUGUUAAGUAUAAAAUUGCUAAGUAAAAAAUAAUUAAAGAGCAGCAGUAAAAUAACAGUAGCGAGGCUAUAUACAGGGGGUACCGGUACAGAGUCAAUGUGCGGGGGCACAGGUUAGUCGAGGUAAUUGAGGUAAUAUGUACAUGCAGGUAGAGUUAAAGUGACUAUGCAUAGAUAAUAAACAGAGAGUAGCAGCAGCGUAAAAGAGGGGGUGGGGGGGACCAAUGCAAAUAGUCCGGGUAGCCAUUUGAUUAGCUGUUCAGGAGUCUUAUGGCUUGGGGGUAGAAGCUGUUAAGAAGCCUUUUGGACCUAGACUUGGCGCUCCGGUACCGCUUGACGUACGGUAGCAGAGAGAACAGUCUACUAGGGUGGCUGGAGUCUUUGACAAUUCUUAGGGCCUUCCUCUGACACCACCUGGUAUAGUGGUCCUGGAUGGCAGGAAGCUUGGCCCCAGUGAUGUACUGGGCCAUACGCACUACCCUCUGUAGUGCCUUGCGCUCGGAGGCCGAGUAGGUGCCAUACCAGGCAGUGAUGCAACAAGUCAGGAUGCUCUCGAUGGUGCAACUGUAGAACUUUUUGAGGAUCUGAGGACCCAUGCCAAAUCAUUUCAGUCUCCUGAGGGGUAUAGGCUUUGUCGUGCCCUCUUUACGACUAAUUUGGUGUGUUUGGACCAUGAUAGUUUGUUGGUGAUGUGGACACCAAGGAACUUGAAGCUCUCAACCUGCUCCACUACAGCCCCGUCGAUGAGAAUGGGGGGUGUGCUCGGUCCUCUUCUUUUUCCUGUAGUCCACAAUCAUCUCUUUUGUCUUGAUCACGUUGAGGGAGAGGUUGUUAUCCUGGCACCACACGGCCAGAUCUCUGACCUCCUCCCUAUAGGCUGUCUCAUCGUUGUCGGUGAUCAGGCCUACCACUGUUGUGUCGUCAGCAAACUUAAUGAUGGUGUUGGAGUCGUGCCUGGCCAUGCAGUCAUGGGUUAACAGGGAGUACAGGAGGGGACUGAGCACGCACCCCUGAGGGCCCCCUGUGUUGAGGAUCAGUGUGGCAGAUGUGUUGUUACCUACCCUUACCACCUGGGGGUGGCCCGUCAGGAAGUCUAGGAUCCAGUUGCAGAGGGAGGUGUUUAGUCCCAGGGUCCUUAGCUUAGUGAUGAGCUUUGAGGGCACUAUGGUGUUGAACGCUGAGCUGUAGUCAAUGAAUAGCAUUCUCACACAGGUGUUCCUUUUGUCCAGGUGGGAAAGGGCAGUGUGGAGUGCAAUAGAGAUUACAUCAUCUGUGGAUCUGUUGGGGCGGUAUGCAAAUUGGAGUGGGUCUAGGGUUUCUGGGAUAAUGGUGUUGCUGUGAGCCAUGACCAGCCUUUCAAAGCACUUCAUGGCUACAGACGUGAGUGCUACGGGUCGGUAGUCAUUUAGGCAGGUUACCUUAGUGUUCUUGGGCACAGGGACUAUGGUGGUCUGCUUGAAACAUGUUGGUAUUACAGACUCAGUCAGGGACAGGUUGAAAAUGUCAGUGAAGACACUUGCCAGUUGGUCAGCGCAUGCUCGGAGUACACAUCCUGGUAAUCUGUCUGGCCUUGCGGGCUUGUGAAUGUUGACAUGUUUAAAGGACUUACUCACAUCGUCUACGGAGAGCGUGAUCACACAGUCGUCCGGAACAGCUAAUGCUCUCAUGCAUGCUUCAGUGUUGCUUUCCUCGAAGCGAGCAUAUAAGUAAUUUAGCUCGUCUGGUAGGCUCGUGUCACUGGGCAGCUUGCCUUUUGUAGUCUGUAAUAGUUUGCAAGCCCUGCCACAUCCAACGAGCGUCGGAGCCGGUGUAGUACGAUUCAAUCUUAGUCCUGUAUUGACGCUUUGCCAGUUUGAUGGUUCGUCGGAGGGCAUAGCGUGAUUUCUUAUAAACGUCCGGGUUAGUCCCGUUCCUUGGAAGCGGCAGCUCUACCUUUUUAGCUCAGUGCGGAUGUUGCCUGUAAUCCAUGGCUUCUGGUUGUGGUAUGUACGUACAGUCACUGUGGGGACGACGUCAUUAAUGCACUUAUUGAUGAAGCCAGUGACUGAUGUGAUGUACUCCUCAAUGCCAUCGGAAGAAUCCCAGAACAUAUUUCGGUCUGUGCUAACAAAACAGUCCUGUAGCUUAGCAUUUGCGUCAUCUAACCACUUCUUUAUUGACAGAGUGACUUGUGCUUCCUGCUUUAGUUUUUGCUUUUAAGCAGGAAUCAGGAGGAUAGAGUUAUGGUCAGAUUUGCCAAAAUAAUUGCGAGGGAGAGCUUUGUAUGCGUCUCUGUGUGUGGAGUAAUGGUGGUCUAGAGUUUUUUUUCCCUCUGGUUGCACAUUUAAUAUGCUGGUAGAAAUUAGGUAAAACAGAUUUAAGUUUCCCUGCAUUAAAGUCCCCGGGCACUAGGAGCGCUGCCUCUGGAUGAGCGUUUUCCUGUGUGCUUAUGGCCUUAUACAGCUCAUUGAGUGCGGUCUUAGUGCCAGCAUCGGUUUGUGGUGGUAAAUAGACAGCUACUAAUUAGUCUACAGCUUAUCAUGAGAUACUCUACCACAGGCGAGCAAAACUUUGAGACACUAACUGUAAGUCUCUCUGGAUAAGAGCGUCUGCUAAAAUGACUAAAAUGUAAAAAUGUGCAUCAGCUGUUGUUUACAAAUAUACACAGACCGCCACCCCUUGUCUUUCCGGAGGCAGCUGUUCUGUCUUGCCGAUGCAGUGUAUAUCAUGCCAGCUGUAUGUUCUCCAUGUCGUCGUUCAGCCACGACUCGUGAAACAUAAGAUAUUAUAGUUUUUAAUGUCCCGUUGGUAGGAUAUCCGUGAUCUUAGUUAAUCUAUUUUGUUAUCCACGGCUUUCAGCCAAUCAGCAUCCAGGAGCCAAACUACCUGGUUUAUAAUAUAAUAUGACAUUUAGCAGAUGCUUUUAUCCAAAGCGACUUAGUCAUGCGUGCAUACAUUUACUUAUGGGUGAUCCCGGGAAUCGAAUACACUACCUGGAGUUGCAAGCGCAAUGCUCCACCAACUGAGCUACAAUGGACUGGGCACCUCGGGUGCUCGCUCAAAUCGGUCUUAAUCUGUGUGUGACUCUUCAUGUUGAUGUAACCUACUCUGGCCCGCUCCCUAGAGCAACACACACACACACAUUAGAUUGGCCGUGACAGAGAGACGUGCAUCCACACACUCUCCUGGAGUAGCACUCACCUCCACUAAGUCCUGUAAUCAAUCAGCUAGCCAUUGAGGGAGAGAGAGAGAAAGAUACAUAGGGAGAAGGGGGGAGAGAGAGAGAGAGAGAGAGAGAGAGAGAGAGAGAGAGAGACAAGGAGAUGAGAGUGAGAUGGAUUGAACCCGAGGGAGAAGUAGGGUGAAAGAGGGGGAAGGAGAUGUAAAGAUGAGAGGUAGAGACAGGUAGAGGGAAUGAGUCUAAAAGGGGAAAGCGAGAGAGGGAGGGAGAAAUUGAUUGAGUCAGACUGUCACUCAUACUACAGUGUGAUGAGGAGAGGUGGGCUGGUGUUAAAUAGUUGUUUAACAGACGAUAUUGGACUUGGUCAUAGUGGUGGCUGGCUGGCUGGUUCGAUAGUCCUGUGGUGUCCAUCUAUCAGGGGCCUUGACAGACAGCUCCAAUCUGGAGAGAAUGUCAUUAGUCCGUAUAUUCACAGCCAGACUAGGAGACCCUUCACUGUGGGGGUGGAGGGGGGUGGUUAAGAGACGUCAUUAUAGAAUGCUACUCGAUCAGAUGUCAGCUGGGGCAGAAUUGUCCAGUCACAACGGACCAAAACACUCACACAGACAUAUGCUCACCCACCCCUCCUCUCUCUCUUCCCAGGUGGAUGUACUGGACAGACUGGGAGGAAGACCCUAAGGAGAGUAAAAGAGGGAAGAUUGAGCGGGCCUGGAUGGAUGGUUCUAACAGGAAUGUGUUCCUGACCAGUAAGACAGUCCUGUGGCCCAACGGUCUGAGUCUGGACAUCCCACAGGGCAUUCUGUACUGGGUGGAUGCAUACUAUGACCGCAUCGAGAUGGUCUACAUUAACAACACUGAACGCAAGGUCAGUCAGACUGGUUACUAGCGCUAAACCUAACCCCAACCCUAACCCUACUAUGACUACAUAGAGAUAGUCUACCUCAACAACACUGACAAUGCCUGAAGUUGUCCAAUGAGAAAUUAUUGUUUUUGUUGCAAAAGGAUUUGUUACGGUGUGCACUAAUGAAUAUGACCUUGUGUUGUGCUGUCAGACGGUAUACGAGGGUCAGGAGUUGAACCACGCCUUCGGCCUGUGUCACUACAAACACUUCCUGUUCUGGAACGAGUACCGCAGCGGCAGCAUCUACAAACUGGACCAGGUCACCAGGACCGUCACCCUGCUCCGCAACGAACGGCCGCCCAUCUUCGAGAUCCGCAUGUAUGACGCCCAGCAGCAGCAAGGUACAGGACACUACACUCUGUCCAUCCAGCCACAACUCCCUCAAUCUAUCUAUAUAUCCAAUCAUUCAUCCAUCCAUCCCCCCCUAUUCAUCGCUUUUUUUUAUCGCUAUCUUUCUCAUAUCAGAUGACAGAUCUGCAGCUAGGUCUAAAUUGUAACUUGAGAUAUAAUGCAUUGGGAGAAAAUUAUGUGCACGUACAGUGCAUUCGGAAAGUAUUCAGACUUUUUCCACAUUUUGUUACAUUACAGCCUUAUUCUAAAAUUGAUUAAAUAUGUUUGUUUUUUCAUCAAUCUACACACACUACCCAAUAAUGACGAAGCAAAGAGGUUUUUAGAUUUUUUGGCAAAUGUAUAAUAAAUAAAAACACAGAAAUAUCUUAUUUACAUAAGUUCAGACCCUUUGCUAUGAAACUCGAAAUUGAGCUCAGGUGCAUCCUGUUUCCAUUGAUCCUACUUGAGAUGUAUCUACAACUGGAGUCCACCUGUGGUAAAUUAAAUUGAUUGGACAUUAUUUGGAAAGGCACACACCUGCCUAUAUAAGGUCCCACAGUUGCAUGUCAGAGCAAAAACCAAGCCAUGAGGUCGAAGGAAUUGUCCGUAGAGCUCCGAGACAGGAUUGUGUCGAGGCACAGAUCUGGGGAAGGGUACCAAAAAAUGUCUGCAGCAUUGAAGGUCCCCAAGAACACAGUGGCCUCCAUCAUUCUUAAAUGGAAGAAGUUUGUAACCAGCAAGACUUCCUAGAGCUGGCCGCCCAGCCAAACUGAGCAAUCGAGAGAGAAGGGCCUUGGUCAGGGAGGUGACCAAGAACCCGAUGGUCACUCUGACAGAGCUCCAGAGUUCCUCUGUGGAGAUUGGAGAACCUUCCAGAAGGACAACCAUCUCUGUAGCACUCCACCAAUCAGACCUUUAUGGUAGAGUGGCCAGACGGAAGCCACUCCUCAGUAAAAGGCACAUGACAGCCUGCUUGGAGUUUGCCAAAAGGCAACUAAAGACUCUUAGACCAUGAGAAACAAGACUCUCUGGUCUGAUGAAACCAAGAUUGAACUCUUAGGCCUGAAUGCCAAGUUUCACGUCUGGAAGAAACCUGGCACCAUCCCUACGGUGAAGCAUGGUGGUGGCAGCAUCAUGCUGUAGGGAUGUUUUUCAGCGGCAGGGACUGGGAGACUAGUCAGGAUUGAGCAUAGUACAGAGAGAUCCUUGAUGAAAACCUGCUCAGGACCUCAGACUGGGGGGAAGGUUCACCUUCCAACAGGACGAUGACCCUAAGCACACAGCCAAGACAACGCAGGAGUGGCUUCGGGACAAGUCUCUGAAUGUUCUUGAGUGGCCCAGCCAGAGCCCGGACUUAAACCCGACAUCUCUGGAGAGACCUGAAAAUAGCUGUGCAGCAACGAUCUCCAUCCAACCUGACAGAGCUUGAGAGGAUCUGCAGAGAAGAAUGGGAGAAACUCCCCAAAUACAGUUGUGCCAAGAUUGUAGUGUCAUACCCAAGAAGUCUUGAGGCUGUAAUCGCUGCGAAAGGUGCUUCAACAAAGUACUGAGUAAAGGGUCUGAAUACUUAUGUAAAUGUGAUAUUUCAGUUUUUUCUUUUUACUCAUUUGCAAAAAUGUCUAAACCUGUUUUUUCUUUGUCAUUAUGGUUUAUUGUGUGUAGAUUGAUGGAAAAAAAUGAUUUAACAAUUUUAGAAUAAGGCUGUAAUGUAACAAAAUGUGGAAAAAGUAAAGGGGUCUGAAUACGUUUCGAAUGCACUGUAUCUCCGAUACACAUUCAUUGCAUGCACAAACCCUUAUGUUCAGACACUAAUCUGUAUGUGUUUAUAAUCCCUCUCUCUCUGUCUCUCUCUGUCUCUCUCUGUGUCUCUCUCUGUGUCUCUCUCUCUCUCUGUGUCUCUCUCUCUCUCUCUCUCUCUGUGUCUCUCUCUCUCUCUGUGUCUCUCUCUCUCUGUCUCUCUCUCUCUGUGUCUCUCUGUCUCUCUCUCUCUGUGUCUCUCUGUCUCUCUCUCUCUGUGUCUCUCUGUCUCUCUCUCUCUGUGUCUCUCUCUCUCUCUGUGUCUCUCUCUCUAUGUGUCUCUCUCUCUCUGUGUCUCUCUCUCUCUGUGUCUCUCUCUCUCUGUGUCUCUCUCUCUCUCUCUCUCUCUCUCUCUCUCUCUCUCUCUCUCUCUCUCUCUCUCUCACUCUCUGUCUCUGUGUGUGUGUGCAGGUUCUAAUGCGUGUCGUGUGAAUAACGGGGGCUGCAGUAGUCUGUGUCUGGCCAUCCCUGAUGGGAGACAGUGUGCCUGUGCAGAGGACCAGCUACUAGAUGACAAAGACAACACCAGCUGUAAAGGUGAGAGGUCAGGAGUCAUGAAGCAAGGGCCACCUAUAGGAGAGCAGGCAUUUACGCUCAAUACAAAACUCCACAAUGUGUGUGUGUGCGCGUGUGUGAGAACUCAUGUGGAAGGGAAUUUUAUCACAUGCUACCGACAUCAGGGUUUAUAAAGAUUAGUUUAGAAUAAAACUGUAUUUCAAAGUUGAACUGUCAAAGUGUGUGUGUGUCUGUGUGAGAGAGGAAGAGAGAACAAAUGUGUGUGUAUAGUAUGCAAAUAGAAAUCCCUCUCACGCAUGGAGCAGUCAGUCCAGAUUUUGGGGGUGUGGAGGGGGGUGGGAUUAGGGGCUGACAGUAGGCUUGACGCGCGCACACACACUGGGCUCAUGUUGACUCACUGCUCUGACAGGGUUUGUAUUUGUUGUGGACUGCUGAUGUGACAGUGUAUUAGCUAGUAUCUCACUGUCCCGCUCCACUCAUUUAACUUUGUAGGUGAAAUGUGUUAUUUAAACGCUCAACUUCUCUCUCUUUCCAUGUCUAUCUCGUCCUCUGUCCCGCUCUCCCCCCUCUCCCUCCAGUCAACCCGUCCUACAUCCCUCCUCCUCAGUGUCAGCCAGGGGAGUUUGCCUGUAAGAACAACCGCUGUAUCCAGGAGCGAUGGAAGUGUGACGGUGACAAUGACUGUCUGGACAACAGCGACGAGGCCCCCGAGCUCUGCCGUGAGUACACACACACACACACACACACACACACACACACACACACACACACACACACACACACACACACAAUGAUUUUUAGAACCGCUACCUUUCCUUUGGUCUCUGUGCAGCUGGAGACAGAUGGCCUUUCAGUAUUUCAGUUUGACAGUCUGUUGAUGCCAGAAUGAAUUGAGAAACGACAGACAUUGUGUGUUUAUGUGGAGUUUGUAUUUGCACAUGCCUGCGGGAGCGUGUGUGUGUGUGUGUGUGUGUGUUUAUAAGAGUGUGCGUGCAUGUGUGUGUGUGAAGGAAUGUGGGAAUGUUGGUGGGUCUGGAAAAGCUCUCUGUCUGUGGUCAGACUGCAGACAGCCUCCAUUAGACUAGCCAGAGUCUGUCUGUCUGUGCCCUCUUACACUCUGUACCUCUGCUCUCCCCCUUCUAUCCUUUCUUCUUCAAUCCAUCCAUCCCUCCUUUUCAAUCCCCUACCUCCAUCAUUCCUUCUCUUUCCCUCCCUCUCUAACUCCAUCCCUCACUCCCUUCUCUUCCUCCAUCCCUCCCGCUCUCCCCCUCCAGACCAGCACACCUGUCCGACUGACAGGUUUAAGUGUCAGAACAACCGCUGUAUCCCUCUGCGCUGGCUGUGUGACGGAGACAACGACUGUGGCAAUGACGAGGAUGAGUCCAACACCACCUGUUCUGGUAGGACGAGGACACACACACUCACAGAUGUGCACACACGUAACACACACUCGUACACAUUCUUUUCUCUCUUUAUUUUUCUGGUUUGCUCUCUCUGUGUCUCUCUCUUUCUCUCUCUCUCUCUCUCUCUCUCUCUCUCUCUCUGUCUCAUACACAUCAUUCAGACAAUGGUUGUUUAGGGCUGACCUUUCUCUCAGCUUAGUCCAGUGUACAUGGACUGUAUCCACACAAUGCUCCAGAGAUCCUCAAAAUGCCAUUAGUCAUUUCCCAUGAAUCCAACUCCUGUUGUAAAAUUUCAAAGGGCAAUCUAAUAACAUCCUAUUGGAGUCAUUCUCCUGAGGAGAACUGUUUGGUAAUCUCAAUGCACCCCCCCUCCCCCCUCCCACUCCUACCGUUUCAGCUCGCACCUGCCCCCCCAACCAGUACUCGUGUGCCAGCGGUCGCUGUAUCCCCAUCUCCUGGACAUGUGACCUGGACGAUGACUGUGGGGACCGCUCUGACGAGCCUGCGUCAUGUGGUAGAUCACCUGCCUCACCUUUGACCCUUAUGUUUCUCUUAUGCUAUAACACACAGAAAAUGAAUCUUCCUCAGAAAAGACUAAACAUAAUACCCAUAUCACUGAAACCCAGGCUCAUAGGGCGGCCGGGAACUAUCACGGUUAUAGCUAUUAAAGUCGUAAGUUACUGUUGGGUUUUUUCUUAUGACACUAAGCACUCUGUCUUCCAUUCUCUCUCUCUGUCCAGCCUACCCCACCUGUUUCCCUCUCACCCAGUUCACCUGCAAUAACGGACGCUGCAUCAACAUCAACUGGCGCUGUGACAAUGGUGAGUGUCUCUCCUUCCUCUUCCUCCUACCGUGUGUGUACCUCUAGUCAUAGGCAGCUUUAUCACUGACUCGUUGCUACGCAUGUCAUUUGAUGUCCACAGGUCUUUCUUACUACAGCUUUCCUCUCUCUAUUUGGCAAGGAUGUUAGUGUGUCUGUUUCUUCUCCAUUGUCAUUGGCUCGUUGUGUUUGUUGUUGUUCCAUGCCUGUUUUUGUUGUGCUGUCCGCCCACUCCGCUGUCUCCGUUGGUUUCUUUGUUUCAGAAAAGGAUUGUGGGGACGGCUCUGAUGAGUUGAAUUGUCCGAACCCGACCGGUUAGUGCAUAGAUCAACAUGCAUCAUAGCCAGGGCUCGCUAGGGGGGCCAGAGGGGAGGGAGAGGGAGGGGCAGACCUGCUACUGUAGGGAGAACCAGGGCUGCUUUCCUUACUAACGGCAGCUUUACCCUUUAACAGUAGUUCAUUAUUAAUCUCACUAGAACGAUAAUGGAGGCUCUUACUGCUUCUACUCACUCACUUAAUGCAGGAGAAAGAGCUUUCCAUUGUAAUCGUAAUGGAAUGGACAAGAAUCAAAGAUAGAGAACAUUGGUUGUUCGGGGUGGUGGGUUAUUAUCAUUAUUAAACAACAAAGUCCAAUUGGACUCCACACUAUCUGUAGUAGUGUACUUACUGUCUAUAUUUAUCUGCCAGUGGACUCCAUUAAGGUUUAGUUACCAGACAAACCUCCCUGUUAGAAGUGCUUAGAUAAGGAAGUCAAUGGGGAAGCAUCUCCUCUGCUGCCAAGCUCAAUGUAUCAGUGCUGGGUACAUCCACUCAUGGUGCAUGGUAUGAUCUAUGCAGUUUCUGUGAUUAUUUUACUCUCUCUUCUCCUUUUCCUCACAUUUCAUUUACAAAUUAAUUUUACUAUUAAGUGUUUUGUAUGUGAGAAUGCAUUUUAUGUUAUGGAGAGUAAUGGAAAUUGCAUUAUGAACAAUAGUUGUAUAAAGGCUAUUUACUUUGUGUUACAAACAUUUUGUCUGAGUGAAGAGAGAACUGACAUUGACAUUGUUCUUCAUAACUAAUGUAAAUGACCAGGUACAUGAACAAUAACCUGGGAGAUCUGUUUUAGUCUUUCACUAUAGUCAGUCUGUGUUGUGUGUAUGAGCAGUGUGAGGUAGAGGUUUGACUGUGUUUGCCUUGCAGAUAAUGAUUGUGGGGACAACAGUGAUGAGGCAGGCUGCAGCCAUUCCUGCUCCAGCGCCCAGUUCAAGUGUAACAGCGGCCGCUGCAUCCCCGACUACUGGACCUGCGAUGGAGACAACGACUGUGGAGACUACAGUGACGAGACUCACGCCAACUGCACCAAUCAGGGUGAGUGUCUGCACUGUAGCCCACCAAUCGCUGUCUGUGAGAGCGUAACCCACCAAUCCUUGUAUGAACUCCUUAACUCGCCAAUCAUUGUGAGUGUUGACUCCAUGACCCACCAACCAGGGUGUGUCAGCUCCGUAACCCACCAUUCGCUGUCUGUGAGUGUCAACUAUGUAACGCACCAAUCAGGUGCCCUAUAUCUUACUGUAUGUGAGUGUCAGCUUCAUAACCCCACCAACCAUGAAAACAUAAUGCCAUAUUACUGUGUGCUAUAGGCCACCCAAAUGAAAGGGUUAGUCUACAACAGGCUGUGGGCUUCUAGAUGCAAUUACAUCAAAACACUACUUUACCCCAUCUCUCCCUCUAGUUUAUAAACCUGCUAGUAUCUCCUUCUAACAUAUAAUUAAGACUUGGGGAAACAAACUCACUAUUUAUACUCUAAACACUGUAUCUGAUUAUGUCCUGUGUUGUGUUGUUUAGUUGGUAGAGAAUUCUAGAAGGCCUCACCUGAAAUUAAGCUUUCCUGUUGUCAACUCCAAACCACUUUAUUACAUUUGUUGCGUAGGAUCUGAAACAAAAGAAACAAAGUCUUAGACGAGAAACAGACAAGUUAAAUAUUAUAGACUAUCAGGGGAAGUUUGGAUAAACAUAUCUUUAUCUGCCACUUACACUGUGGCCUGUAACCAGAGAACUAGGAACCCAGCCAGCCCGCUUCUCCCCCCCAUGUGGUGCUGGCUAAUGGGCUGGUCCGGGUUUGGCUCCCCCCGCGGGACACAGGGAGUGGGAGAAGCGGAAUCCUGAGGUUUUAAUGGAGGGCAGGCAGAUCACACAGGUCUUUUACACACAUACACGCACGUGCGCACAAGCUCACACGCAUACACACCUGCACAAUGAAACCUAACACAUUAUUACACAGACUUAGUCUCAUGCUCUUUCACACUCGCACAGCCAUUUUGGAGCACACUAUUUCCAUUUAUCAAAAAUAAACCUACACUUUGGCGUGACACGUGAAACUUGUGAAUACACACACACUGCUGUGACAGCCAUUGACCGUUGAUGUCAGUCUUUCAAUGAAUUCCGUAAUCACCGAUGCCAUUGAUGGUUUUAUUGGUCAUCCACUGGAGCAUGGCCUCUGCGUGAAAGCUGUACCCUUCAGUGCUCUGCAUCACCCUGGCAUUGUGGCACUGCCAACCCUUGACUCGUCGGCGUCUUUGGGUCAUUGAUUUCCAUUCAUUUAGCCAUGACAGGUUGUUAGUGAAUGUCAGCAUUUUGUUAAUGAUGUGAUUUGAUGUAUUGUGUGUGAAUGAAGCACGUCAUCUUUGUCUCAUGGCAUUGUCAAGCUUCUGCCCACUGUGAGUUCCACACACAUGCCAACACCUUAGCCUACUUUUGCCAUCUGGGUCUUUGUCUAUGCCAGAUGCCUGUUGGUUUUGCCAGUCCCUUUGAUUAUCCAUUGAGUGAAUAGUGGGUGAAUUGUGUCCAUCAUUGAAGCAUGAUGUUCUGUUCAAACUGAUACCCUGUGAUAAAGAGUGUCCUUGUUUCCCAUUGGAGCCCCACAGUGGGAGAAAGGAGAGGUAGUGAAUGACGCUGUGAGAGAUCUGUCCUAAUGUGGUUGAACUGUGAUUUUCUCACGAUCGCCAGUUACUCAGUUACUCCAACUCGGCAAACUCUUACAAAAUUAUGAAAACAGAUUAAUUAUAUAAACUGCAGGGCCCUUAGAUUUUCCUGACAAUGUGACCUGACCAGAGAAAAGUUAUAGCUUAUAACAAGGGCCCAGAGUUUUACCUGGUCAUUUCACAUGGUCAGUAAAAACUCAGGGCCCUAAAUAUCUCUGAUGUUUUAAUACGUUUCCAUUUCUGGAAAUGUUUGUUUCAGUGUUAUGGUAGUGAUAUAACUCUCUCUCUCGCGCUCUCCCGCACUCCCUCUCUUUCCCACUCUCUCCCUCUCUCUCCCGCACUCUCCCUCCCAAGCCACGCGUCCCCCUGGCGGCUGUCACACGGAUGAGUUCCAGUGUCGUAUGGACGGCCUGUGCAUCCCUAUGCGCUGGCGCUGCGAUGGAGACACAGAUUGCAUGGACCUGAGCGAUGAGAAGAACUGCGAAGGUGUCACACACAUGUGUGACCCCGCCGUCAAGUUUGGUUGUAGAGACUCUGGUGAGGAGACUGGGGGAAUGGGGAUGGUUGUGUCACAGUAAUAAGGAUGAAAUUAGGGGAGUUUAAAUGAAAGGGGGAAAGAAUGAAUGAAUUGGAGAUUUGCCGGUUGAAAAACAUAAAUGUAACAGUAUUGAAAUGGAUAGCGCAGGAUUAUCUGGUGGAGAUGAAGGACUGCAUUUGGUUUUAGCUGCAUUUUUGUUAUUGUGGACUGUAUCUGCCUGUAACGUCAGACUUCUGAACUUUGCCCUCUGACCUAUCCCUAGCCCGCUGUAUCAGUAAGGCCUGGGUGUGUGACGGGGACAGUGACUGUGAGGACAACUCAGACGAGGACAACUGUGAGGCGUUGGUGUGUAAGCUCUCCCACCAUGUGUGUGCCAACGACUCCACCAUCUGUCUGCCUGCUGAGAAGCUUUGUGACGGCACUGACGACUGCCCUGACGGCUCUGACGAGAAACUCUGUGGUAAGACCUGCUGCUACUAAAGACUACAUUACCCAGGAUGCACUGGGAAGUAGGACAGGGAUCCCACCGCUGACACCAACGGGCCAGAGUAAAACCUGGAAUAUUGCACAAGUUGAGCUGUUAUGACUGUUUAUGAUACCUGUUAUGUCAUUAUUAUUACAAUGUUGUUUAUUCCGCAUGAGAGAGAGCUCAAGAACAGUGUUGGCUCAUUGUUCUUGUUCAGUGUCACCUCCUCCUGUAACACCCAUCCCUAUUUUUCCCAUUUUCCCUGCAGACCUGUGCUCGCUGGAUAACGGCGAUUGCAGCCAUAACUGUACGGUAGCCCCCGGUGAGGGCGUGGUGUGUUCCUGCCCCCUGGGCAUGGAGCUGGGCUCCGACAACAAGACCUGUCAGAUCCAGAGCUUCUGCGCCAAACACCUCAAGUGUAGCCAGCGCUGUGAGCAGGACAAGUUCAGUGUCAAGUGUUCCUGCUAUGAGGGUUGGGAGCUGGAGGCUGAUCAGGAGAACUGCAAGAGCACUGGUGAGGAGGGGGUGUUGGAGGAGAUGUGGAGAGGGAGGGAGGGAGGAAAGGAGAGGGUGGUGGAAGGCUUUGAGAGAAAGAGGGAAUGGAAGAGCAGGGGAGGUUAAAGGGUGGCAAACUGGGAAGGAGAGAAGUACAUUUUAGUAAUUUAGCAGACGCUCUUAUCCAGAGCGACUUACAGUUAGUGAGUGCAUACAUUUUCAUACUGGUCCCCCGUGGGGUAUUCUUGUACAUAUGACUAAUAAAACUUGACAAAAGGAUAUUCAUGAUCUGAUUUCUGGGCAUCAGUCAACAAUGAAAUAACAUUGUAGAAAACGUAAAUAAGUAUUCAGCAACCGUAACAAAAGGAAACCAAAUGUCCAACUUUGUAGUUCAGGUCACUCACUAGAGAGGGAUAUGGUCAGAAAUUGUGGUUUGGAGUGAAAUGGGAGAGAACAGAGGGAAGCUGUGAAUUCAGGAUUAUGAGAAUGAAAGACACUUGCACAGAGGAUGAGGUGUUUCAACAUGAUGGAUGUGGGGAGAGUCAAAGUGAAAGAGGGGAUUGGGGUUUAGGAUCUGCGAGGGGAGGAGGAAAAGGAAACUGUACAGUACAUUUCCAGGAAGUGUUGUGGUUUUUGUUCAGGGGAUAGAGAGAGCGAAUGAGGUGAGUGAGUAGGAGAGAGAGGAUGGGGUGUAUUGGCAGGAAGCUGGGUGGUUUCAGUGGUCCCACCAAGCCAAACUGUGACUGGGAGCUGAUACCACCGCUAUGGACAAGAAACAAAGUGUGGGAGAGGAGGAAGGAGGCUAGAGGCGGUGUUCACAUGAGGAUGAGAAGAGAGCUGGAGGGAAGACUAGGGAUUUAAGAACAGAAGGAGGACAGGCAGUUUCGAGAGGGAGAGAAGAAACUAGAAAAGGGGACAUGAGAAUAGUUGGGGGGCUUGUAGCUGUGAGAGUUGGAUAGAGAGAAAGGGAUUAGGAGAUGAGUAGAGUAGAGUAGAAGACUAACAAGAAAGAAGAGGAGGUAGAUUGAGGGAAGUUGGGGAACUUGUAGUUAUGGGAAAAGUUGGCAUUGAGGGGAAAAAGGAGGAGGGAUAAAUAGAACAAGAGGAAGGGGUAGGGAAAACUCAUGGAAGAAGAACACUGUUACCCACAUAUAUACUCAAGGCUGUAUCCUCCUCAUAGAAUCUAGCCACUGACUCAAAUAAAGCUGCAUAUAAUUCAGCCCUGCACCCACAGCGACAGUCAGAGUUACACACAACACAUCCAUUCAUCACACUGUCUGUCAGCUGGAGAUAACUCUCCUCCAUCCAUUUAAUACAUACAGGCUUUUAAUUACCAGGGAUUAGACAGGGUUCCUAACUACAGUUGAAGUUGGAAGUUUACAUACACCAUAGCCAAAUACAUUUAAACUCAGUUUUUCACAAUUCCUGACAUUUAAUCCUAGUAAAUAUUCCCUGUCUUAGGUCAGUUAGGAUCACCACUUUAUUUUAAGAAUGUGAAAUGUCAGAAUAAUAGUAGAGAGAAUUAUUUAUUUCAGCUUUUAUUUCUUUCAUCACAUUCCCAGUGGGUCAGAAGUUUACAUACACUCAAUUAGUAUUUGGUAGCAUUGCCUUUAAAUUGUUUAACUUGGGUCAAACGUUUCGGGUAGCCUUACACAAGCUUCCCACAAUAAGUUGGGUGAAUUUUGGCCCAUUCCUCCUGACAGAGCUGGUGUAACUGAGUCAGGUUUGUAGGCCUCCUUGCUCGCACACGCCUUUUCAGUUCUGCCCACACAUUUUCUAUAGGAUUGAGGUCAGGGCUUUGUGAAGGCCACUCCAAUACCUUGACUUUGUUGUCCUUAAGCUAUUUUGCCACAACUUUGGAAGUAUGCUUGGGGUCAUUGUCCAUUUGGAAGACCCAUUUGCGACCAAGCUUUAACUUCCUGACUGAUGUCUUGAGAUGUUGCAUCAAUAUAUCCACAUAAUUUUCCUUCCUCAUGAUGCCAUCUAUUUUGUGAAGUGCACCAGUCCCUCCUGCAGCAAAGCACCCCCACAGCAUGAUGCUGCCACCCCCGUGCUUCACGGUUGGGAUGGUGUUCUUCGGCUUGCAAGCAACCCCCUUUUUCCUCCAAACAUAACGAUGGUCAUUAUGGCCAAACAGUUCUAUUUUUGUUUCAUCAGACGUGAGGACAUUUCUCCAAAAAGUAAGAUCUUUGUCCCCAUGUGCAGUUGCAAACCGUAGUUUGGCUUUUUUAUGGCGGUUUUGGAGCAGUGGCUUCUUCCUUGCUGAGCGGCCUUCAGGUUAUGUCGAUAUAGGACUCGUUUUACUGUGGAUAUAGAUACUUUUGUACCUGUUUCCUCCAGCAUCGUCACAAGGUCCUUUGCUGUUGUUCUGGGAUUGAUUUGCACUUUUCGCACCAAAGUACGUUCAUCUCUAGGAGCCAGAACGCGUCUCCUUCCUGAGCGGUAUGACAGCUGCGUGGUCCCAUGGUGUUUAUACUUGCAUACUAUUGUUUGUACAGAUAAACUUAGUAUCUUCAGGCGUUUGGAAAUUGCUCCCAAGGAUGAACCAGACUUGUGGAGGUCUACAAUUCUUUUUCUGAGGUCUUGGCUGAUUUAUUUUGAUUUUCGCAUGAUGUCAAGCAAAGAGGCACUGAGUUUGAAGGUAGGCCUUGAAAUACAUCCACAGGUACACCUCCAAUUGACUCAAAUGAUGUCAAUUAGCCUAUCAGAAGCUUCUAAAGCCAUGACAUCAAUGAUAUGAGAGACCAUGUGAGGAUAUGAUAGAGCCAAGUGACUUGGUGUAUAGAGAGAAUAGAGGGCCUAGAACUGAGCCCUGGGGGACACCAGUGGUGAGAGCACGUGGUGCGGAGACAGUUUCUCGCCACGCCACCUGGUAGGAGCGACCUGUCAGGUAGGACGCAAUCCAAGAGUGAGCAGCGCCGGAGAUGCCCAACUCGGAGAGGGUGGAGAGGAGGAUCUGAUGGUUCACAGUAUCAACGGCAGCGGAUAGGUCUAGAAGGAUAAGAGCAGAGGAGAGAGAGUUAGAUUUAGCAGUGCGGAGAGCCUCCGUGACACAGAGAAGAGCAGUCUCAGUUGAAUGACCAGUCUUGAAACCUGACUGGUUGGAUCAAGAAGGUCAUUCUGAGAGAGAUAGCAGGAGAGUUGGCUAGAGACGGCACGCUCAAGAGUUUUGGAGAAAAAAGAAAGAAGGGAUACUGGUCUGUAGUUGACAUUGGAGGGAUCGAGUGUAGGUUUUUUGAGGAGGGGUGCAACUCUCGCUCUCUUGAAGAUGGAAGGGACAUGGCCAGCAGUCAAGGAUGAGUUGAUGAGCGAGGUGAGGUAAGGGAGAAGGUCUCCGGAAAUGGUCUGCAGAAGAGAGGAGGGGAUAGGGUCAAGCGGGCAGGUUGUUGGGCGGUCGGCCGUCACAAGUCGCAAGAUUUCAUCUGGAGAGAGAGGGGAGAAAGAAGUCAAAGCAUAGGGUAGGGCAGUGUGAGCAGGACCAGCGGUGUCAUUUGACGUAAUAAAUGAGGAUCGGAUGUCGUCAACCUUCUUUUCAAAAUGGUUGACGAAGUCAUCCACAGAGAGGGAUGAGGGAGGGGGAGGAGGAGGGGGAUUCAUCAUUCAUCAAGGAGGAGAAGGUGGCAAAGAGCUUCCUAGGGUUAGAGGCAGAGGCUUGAAAUUUAGAGUGGUAGAAAGUGGCAACAGAGGAAGAGAAUGUAGAGAGGAGGGAGUGAAAAGAUGACCGGUCCGCAGGGAGUCUAGUUUUCAUCCAUUUCCGCUCGGCUGCCCGGAGCCCUCUUCUGUGAGCUCGCAAUGAGUCGUCAAGCCACGGAGCAGGAGGGGAGGACCGAGCUGGCCGGGAGGAUAGGGGACAUAGAGAGUCAAAAGAUGCAGAAAGGGAGGAGAGGAAGGUUGAGGAAGCAGAAUCAGGAGAUCGGAGGGAGAAGGAUUUAGCAGAGGGAAGAGAUGAUAGGAUGGAAGAGGAGAGAGUAGCGGGAGAGAGAGAGCGAAGGUUGCGACGGCACAUUACCAUCGGAGUAGGGGCAGAGUGAGUAGUGUUGGAGGAGAGCGAGAGAGAAAAGGAUACAAGUGGUCGGCGACUUGGAGGGGAGUUGCAGUGAAUGAAAUGAACUAAACAUCUGGGAAAGCGAGAAAGCGGGGCCUCCCUCACUUACGUUUCACUGAAACACUCAAAUAUAACUCUCCCAACUUCCACUUUAGAAAUUAUAAUUGUUGUAAACUACAGCGGUUCAAUGUUUUCUAGGAAUAGACUCUAACUUAGUUUAUUCAGCUAGCUAACUUGUUACAGUAUUCUUCCGUGAAAACCGUCCAGGUCACCGAAUCCUAUGACGCCAUAGCCAACUAGCAUGCCAGCCUCCAAUAACACGGUUUAGCACCAAUACUCGGUUACAACAAACCAUUGUGUUAACACGGCAAACAGAUCAUUUGUGUCCGUGUCUAAAAGUUUGGGUUAGUUUUGACAGUUUGAGUGAGUACGUCGUCAACUUAUUCAGCCAGUUACUUAGCUAGAAUAGUUAGCAUACUAGCUAGCCAUUGCUCUCUGCCAACGAACCACCCCUCCUCCGACGGCACGAAACACACAGAGAGAGCCAAGCUAACGUUAACUAGUCACCCAUGUCCCGAAUUCCCUUGAACGACUCUUGUUACCAGUAUGUAAAAACAAAACAAAAAUAAAUGUAGGUUAUAACUUACCCUUAGUAGCUACUGUUAGCCAGUUAAGUACAACGCUAGCCACUGAAUCGAUUCAGCCAGUACGCGUCUCCCGCUAGAGAAGACACAACCUCACUGACACAACCCCUUCACUACAGUAGUGUUUAGUUACUGGAUUUUAGUCAUGACCAGGCAAACUGAAAUAAUGGAAGGCAUUUACUGUUAAAGCUGUUAAUUUCUACUUUGAAUAAGUUGAAACCCAGACCCAAGCCUUGGGAGGAAACAUUCCUCAAUUUGCAGCCUUUUCUUACUACAUUACCCAGGAUGCACUGGGUGCAAAGUAGAUACAGGGAUCCCAACGCUGCCACCAACAGGCACCAGUACAUCACCAUGAUCAUGUAAUCUCCUGUCUUCACCUCAGAUCCCUUCAAGCCCUUCAUCAUCUUCUCCAACCGCCAUGAGAUCCGUCGUAUCGACCUGAACAAGGGAGAGUUCAGCGUGCUGGUGCCUGGCCUGAGGAACACCAUCGCCCUGGACUUCCACCUCGCAGAGAAUGCUCUCUACUGGACCGACGUGGUGGAGGACAAGAUCUACCGCGGCAAACUGUCCGAGAACGGAGGUGAAUGUCUUUUACUACACACAUAAUGUAUACGGACUCAGAAUGUCCUCAUUCAAGUCCACUUUCACAUUCAUGCACACUCACUAUACUGAAAGGUAUGCUUUGGAUUUCUCCACUUUUUAGCUCUAGUUUGUGCAUAGGCAUUGAGACCAACAGCACACUUCUUUGUCUUUUGUGGAGUACUCCAACUUCCAUGAUUUCCCAAUUGCCUUCGCAGUGGGGAAUUCUGGGAAUAGUAGCUGUACUGUGUUGUGCAGCCUGCAGGCCUACAGCUGCUGAGGAGAAGCAACUGGUAAAUAACAAAGCAGAUGGUCCAGCUCCAUGCCGAAAGACAAAACAAAUCAAUCAAAACCACACUGUCACCUUCCAAACAGGCAAAGCCAAUCAAUCAAAACUAAACAGCUACCUUCAAAAAGGCAAAACCAAUCAAUCAACGACAAUCUAUAGAGCAGACGAGGCCCUCUCAUUACAGUAGGGAGGCAUAAUGAGCGUGUGUGUGUGUCUACUCCAGUCAGGAUAAUGACUAAUAAUUAGACCGUUCUCUCUGAUUAGGGACCUGGAAUGGAAAAAUGAAUGGGUGAGAGAGGGGGAUGAAAACAAUUGUUUCUUCUCCUCUCUUCUUUUAUUUGUACUGGCGCCUCAUGUCAUGUUGUUUGCUUAGGCUCAAACAGGAGUAGGAUGCAUCCUGUCAGUCGUAGGGAGAGUCGUGGCUGUGUAGGUGGCAUUAUUAGAUACGCUUGGGCUGCAUUGGCAUUACAAAAAGUCACUGUGAUUGAUGUUCAUGGUACUGGUAAGACACUUCGACAACUUUAAUGACAAAAAUUGAAUAGGUUUACAGAAAGGGGGAAUGAUCACAGCAAAGCUUCACAAUCAAAUUAACCACAACCUCUCCAUUCCUCCCUCUCUUCCUCCUCCCUCUCCCUCCCCCUCCAGCUCUGACCAGUUUUGACGUGGUGAUCCAGUAUGGCUUGGCCACUCCAGAGGGUCUGGCGGUAGACUGGAUAGCAGGGAACAUCUACUGGGUGGAGAGUAACCUGGACCAGAUAGAGGUGGCCAAGCUGGACGGAACCAUGAGGACCACCCUGCUGGCUGGGGAGGUGGAGCACCCCCGGGCCAUCGCCCUGGACCCCCGCUACGGGUGAGAACCAGCACACUGCUGGAAAUGGGUUAGCCUGGUCCCAGAUCGGCUGGUUCUGUGUUGCUAACUCCUAUGUUGACAAUGACCAUAGGAGUUGGAAAGGCAGCACAAACCUAUCUGGGACCAGGCUAGGAUGGAGUAUACACAUGGCUUAAAACUGGGUCUUGACUUCGGUCAUUGGUUUUGGGUUUACUGGACCAGAUAAUUGAAGUUAAAGCCCCCCCCCCCCCCCCCCCCCUCUUAUCUCUGUAGGAUUCUGUUCUGGACGGACUGGGAUGCCAGUAUGCCAAGGAUCGAGGCAGCUUCUAUGAGUGGCGAGGGGAGGAGGACCAUCCA